UGAGCACACAGGCGUUCCCAGCGGCAAGAAAGUCGCGGAGUUGAGUUACCAGUCGCUUAGUCAGCAUGCUGGAAUAGGCUCGUCAAUCCGUGACUUUACUUGUUCUUUAGGUAAAAUAUGAGUCGACUCCGAGGCCCGAGGCCUGGCCUAGUAGGUCAACGGUCUUCUCCCGCGUCUUGUUGAUCCCGACACUAACGUAUAGGCUAUUUGUUUUCUACCAAACAUCAUCCUCGGCAUGGAAGUCGGUUGCGCCCCACUCGGAACGCCCCUAUGACAUUCCGAUCAUGGAGAGAUUUGAAGUGCGCUCGCUGCGCAUUGCAUCAUGAAUCUUACAAAUGGUGAGUUAUAUAUUAUUUCAAGGACACCCCAAAGUCACUUUUCAUCCUAACAUUCAUCUCAUCAUGCUGUUUAUAUCGCUUGGUCUUCUCACUCUUCUCCCUGCUGUCUUCGGGCAGUCUUGGCAGCAAUACCUUGAUGGCCUUGUUCAAGCCUUAAACACCUCUGGGCUUACAACGCUGUCUUCUGCGAGCGCUGCAUUGAACAUUUCGUCUGAGGGGCAGCGAGUGGCGCAGUCACUCCCUACAGGUAAUUGGACCCUAUUUGCACCGAACAACCAGGCAUUUAGUUCCGCUCCUCCUAAUCUCACAAGUGAUCCAACUUCUGUUGGGAAUCUCAUUUCAUACCAUGUCGUGCACGGCAAUUUCACCGAUCAAACAUCGCCAUAUCCAACUAUUACCCUUGGGCGAACGCUGCUUAACGACACAUCACUUGUCCAACUGGAAGGCAAUGAAUCGCAGGUUUUAGCGUGGUCGAAGGGAAGUAAAGGUAUAUUUGUGCUCAACAAUGGCACAAUUGUCUCGGUCGUGAAUACGACGGUCUAUCGAAACCUCCAAGUCCUUGUCAUCGAUUCUGUCCUUAAAUUUCCUCAGAGCUUGUCUGACACCCUCACCAAUAAUACUUACGAAGUCACCACCUUUGCUGGUGCGCUUUCGUCAGUCAAUGUCUCUACCGAUAAUUCGACUACACUACUUGAUGUGUUCGACAAUGCUCGCGGCAUCACGCUUUUUGCGCCAAAUAAUACUGCUUUUGCGACAGCGAACGGUAUUGCCAGUUUGCUGCCAAAUACUACUGCACUGAUUGCGCUUUUCGAAAAUCAUGUUAUCAAUGGCACAUCUGUUUACUCGCCAGCAUUUACGAACGGACAGAACUACACUUCGGCCUCUGGGGAACCCUUCACCUUCAUAACUAACUCAUCUGGAGUGUUCGUCUCCAGCGCCGGCUCCAAUUGGGCGCGCAUUAUGCGAUCAGACGUUUUGACAUCCAAUGGAGUUGUACAUGUCCUUGAUAGCGUUCUUCUAGACGUGAAAGUGAACGCUUCCGCUGCGAGCUCUGCCUACCAAUCAGCUACAUCAGUUGCCGCGUCGAUGACCAUCGAGACCGGUCCUGUGGGCGUUGCGCCUACUAGCACUAGCUCUGUUUCCGGCCGUUGAAAGAAUCAUUUGAUUCAGCAGCUCUGGACUUGGAAUGUUGUCGAUACUAAUCCUUAUUUUCAGUGGCAUAGUUUGCUCGCCAAUCCUGAACUAGUUUCGUUUAUCUACUUGACGAUCUGUGCUUUUUCAUCACAUAAUUUGUAUUCAGCUUUCUAUAUCAUCUAUCAGUGAUCUUAUCAAUUACUGCCAAUCAUCAAAUAUGG